AAGUCAAAUGGUCCUUUCUAUAAUGUUAAAAAAACAUAUACUCCUUUCUAUAAAUACGCAUAAAAAUGUAUCACAGCUGGUCAUUCCUUUUGGUGACGGAGACGUUUUUAUAUCCUUGCAUCAACAAUGCCUCUCCCAAUCCAAGCUUUCUUUGUCCCUCUCCUCUUCCUCUUCUUCUUCUUCUCCUCCUCCAUUGCUACGGCAGCUAUCGUUGAGCAUGUUUUCCAGGUUAAAAACGUGGUGGUGAAACCGUUGUGCAAGGAGCAAAUGAUACCGACUGUUAACGGAAGUCUUCCCGGUCCAACGAUAAACGUUAGAGAAGGCGACACUCUCGUGGUUCAUGUUAUCAACAACUCUACGUACAAUAUAACCAUCCACUGGCAUGGAGUGUUUCAGUUGAAGAGCUCAUGGAUGGACGGUGCAAAUAUGAUAUCUCAAUGUCCGAUUCAACCACGUAAUAACUUCACGUAUCGGUUCGAUAUCACCGGACAAGAAGGUACUUUGUUAUGGCAUGCUCACGUCGUUAAUCUACGUGCCACACUUCACGGGGCUCUUAUCAUCCGUCCCCGAUCGGGCCGACCUUAUCCGUUUCCUAAACCCUACAAAGAAGUUCCUCUUGUUUUUGAACAAUGGUGGGACACAGAUAUUGAACUUCUUAAUUCACGGCCAGCUCCGAUUUCCGAUGCGUACCUCAUUAAUGGCCUCGCUGGAGAUUCAUAUCCUUGCUCUAAGAACAGGAUGUUUAAGCUCAGGGUAGUACAAGGGAAAACAUACUUGCUAAGGAUUAUAAACGCGGCGCUCAACACUCACCUCUUCUUCAAAAUAGCCAGUCACAACGUGACAGUCGUCUCUGUUGAUGCUGUCUACACGACACCUUACGUUAGCGAUGUGAUGAUUUUGACGCCAGGACAAACCGUCGACGCACUUCUCACGGCUGACCAGCCCAGCGGAAUGUACUACAUGGAGAUAAGCCCUUACACUAGUGCUAACUCGUUAGUACCGGUACCCCCUAGCACUCCUAUUAGAGGCCUAAUCGUCUACGAGGAUGCCAAGUCGACAGCAUCCCCAUCAAACUCGUUGAUGCCUUCAGGGAUGAAUGCAAUAUCCACCGCUCAUAGAUUCUCCUCAAACAUCACUAGCCUCGUGGGUGGACCAUACUGGACGCCAGUGCCUGACCAUGUGGACGAGAAGAUGUUCGUAACCAUGGGGCUUGGCUUAAAGCCAUGCCCUCCGGGAACCAAGUGUAUUGGUCCGUUUGGUCAGCGGUACGCUGGUUCUCUCAACAACCGUACUUUUGUGAUCCCCGGAACGAUUUCACUCCAAGAAGCCUAUUUCUAUAAUAUCAGUGGAGUAUACACCGAUGACUUCCCCGACCAACCUCCAAUGAAAUUCGACUACGCAAAUUUUGGCGUCCGUACAAAUUUUGAAUACAAAUUGAUGUUUCCGGAGAGAAAGACUAGCGUGAAGACACUUAAAUAUAAUUCUACAGUAGAGAUUGUUGUGCAGAACACAGGGAUAAUCACCCCAGAGAGUCAUCCCAUGCACCUUCACGGCUUCAAUUUCUAUGUGUUGGGUUAUGGAUUUGGUAACUAUGAUCCCAUCCGUGAUGCAGAUAAGCUAAAUCUAGUUAACCCGCAAAUGCACAAUACCGUUGGUGUACCACCAGGUGGAUGGGUUGUCUUAAGAUUUAAAGCCAAUAAUCCUGGUGCAUGGAUGUUUCAUUGUCACAUGGAUGCACAUUUACCUUACGGAAUAGUAAUGGUUUUCAUAGUUCAAAAUGGACCAAGUCCGGAAACAAGCAUGCAACCUCCACCGUCGAAUCUUCCACAGUGCACUCGUGAUCCCACGAUUUAUGAGUCGCUGGCAACAAGCGUUGAUUUGUCUUCCUAGAAGUAGCUUUUACCCCAGCUGCCGGAUCUUCUCUAGAAGUAACUAUCAAUCGUAGUUGCUUCUUCAUUUUUUGGUAUUUUAAUUGAUUGGUAAUAUAGAGAUAUUUUUCCAAAAAAAACCUAAAUCUGGGAGACUUGUUUUAAAUCUGAGUGUGGCAAUUGGAGAUGACGCUUUCAAGUAUUGUUGGUACUCUCGUCUCUUGACUGACUGGUUGUAGCUUCAAAUCUUACUUGGGGAGAGACUGAUUAGUUAUUGCUUUUCUGACAUUAACCAAGGUAAGAUAGAAUUAGGAAUUAAUUCAAACUCAAGGGAGAGACUGCAUGUAGUUGAUAGUGACUCUGAAAUAGCGUGUAUAUAUUCAUUCUAUUAUGAAUGAAUAUGAUUUUGUGAAUUUUGGUUCCCUUGAGACAACACAAAAAAAAAAUAAGAGUCUUAAUUACAGGAAGAAAGAAAGAGACGAUCAUUAGAUACUCUCCCUCUCUUGAUUGCAAGAGAACAAUGCUGCGGACCUGAUGAUUCUCUUGCUAUACACAGAAGCAAGAUCAGCAUUCGAGUCUCCAACGGUCUUCUCCCCUCAGUCUAACUUCUCAGCUCACUGUUUCCUGCUGUCUGACGCUCUUUCUCUUUCUUCUUGUGCAUGUAUAUCCCCUGCUCUCUUCCACGGACCUUCAUUUUAAGCCCACACUUAGGCUCCUUUUCUACAACAAAUGAUAUAAUAUAUAUUCAGAUGAUUUAUAAUUACAUAAUUAUGAACAUUUAGUAUGAAAAGUGUUUACUGCAGCAGAAUUUUAAAU